ACUUGGCACAUAACUUGGCACAUAAAUACCAAGACAAGAGCCGCCUUGGAGGUCAUCCUUGGCCUGCACCGCUGCCACCUCCCAUCACCAUCCGCGCCCCGUACCUGCCAAGUCCAGCCCAGCCAAGCCUUCAAGCAUCCCGCCCCCCCAAUCCACCUGCCCCUCCUAGACUCUCCUUUUGCUGUGUGAGCUGUGCCCCCACGCGAUACCUACCAUGGCGCCACUCUCCAACGCACUCCUCGCCGCGACUCUCGCCGCCGGCGGCCUUGCGUCUGCGGUCCCUCCCCGGGUCGGGAUCCCGGUGCCGCCCAUUGGCAGUAGUGGAGCCUUCUCCGUUGGCCAGGUGCACAACUCGCGCCAUGUGAGGCACGGCCCCAUUGCUCUGGCCAAGGCGUACCGCAAGUAUGGCAUCUCUAUUUCCGACGAGCUGGCCUCCGCUGUGGCCAGCAUCGUCCAGAAACGCUCGACGGGCAGCGAGACGACCGCCCCCGUGGAGUACGACGUCGAGUACCUCACGCCCGUCUCCAUCGGAAGCCCCGCCCAGGUCCUGAAUCUCGACUUCGACUCCGGAUCCAGCGACCUGUGGGUGUUCAGCUCCGAGACGCCCCGCGGCUCGGUGAACGGACAGUCCAUCUACAACCCGUCCAGGAGCAACACCUCCAAGAAGCUGACCGGCGCGACCUGGUCCAUCUCGUACGGUGACGGCAGCGGUUCCAGCGGCGACGUCUACCUGGACACGGUCACCGUCGGGGGCCUCACGGUGAAGAGCCAGGCGGUCGAGCUGGCGCGGCAGGUCUCGUCGUCCUUCACGGCGGACAGCGACAACGACGGCCUACUAGGCCUCGCCUUCAGCAGCAUCAACACCGUCUCCCCGACUCCCCAGAAGACCUUCUUCGACACCGCCCUGCCGUCCUUGGACGCCCCGGUCUGGACCGCGGAUCUGAAGCAUGAUGGCCCGGGCAAGUACAACUUCGGCUACAUCGACAAGACGGCCUACACCGGCGCGCUGUCGUACACCCCCGUAGACAGCAGCGACGGCUUCUGGAUGUUCACGGCGUCGGGCUACGGCGUGGGCAGCAACGUCUCGUCGUCGACGUCGAUCCGCGGCAUCGCCGACACGGGCACGACCCUGCUGCUGCUCCCCACCGCCGUCGUGCGCGCCUACUACGCCGGCGUCCGCGGCGCCAAGAACGACCGCACCCAGGGCGGCUACGUGUUCCCCUGCUCCGCCGCGCUGCCCGACUUCACCUACGGCGUCGGCUCCGGUGGUGGCCAGGUCACCGUCCCCGGCGAGUUCGUCAACUUCGCCCCGCUCGAUGACGGCAGCAACCAGUGCUUCGGCGGCAUCCAGGACGACGGCGGUAUUGGGUUCGCCAUCUUCGGAGAUGUCGCCCUCAAGGCUGCCUUUGUUGUCUUCGACUCGGGCAAGAAGCAGCUCGGCUGGGCGGCGAAGAAGCUCGCCUGAGCGGAGAUUUUAAGCCGCCGCCUGUGGAUGAAGAAGGGGGAGCUGAGCCGAGGGGGGGCUGGUAGAGGUCUAAACAAGACGACGCCUGACGUGUCCUGCACCACCCCGGCGCUGGGCGCGGGGGCGUGGAUUGUUGGGAAGGACCCACUAAAUACCCAAACCCGUCUUCCAUCGUCGACGCGUUUUUGUUCCUACUUUUACCCACAACUACCAGUAGGACAGACUACUAGCUGAAAACUAGUCACUGGGAGCACUCAGAAGAGACCAUCGCAGUUGUCUACGCAGUAGGCUUUAUUCCAUCAGCUAUUUAGCUUCCAAAAUGUGAUGCAAUGGUGUGGCUGCAUAUGUGGUCGACCAUGACGUCAUGCUCUCGAUUGACUUAUCACAUGUCAAAUCAUUGUGAGAAUUAACUUUCA